AUGGCUGGAAUGCACUUUUUGGUCGGUAUUUCAACAGACGAUUAUGUGAUUUUGGCGGCCGACAAGGCGACGUUUGCGUAUGGCGCAAUUUUGGCAGAUUCUGGUGAGACUUUUUCAAAUUGGUAUUUUUAGUGAAACAUCAAUUUUCAAAGAUGUUUGGAGAACAGAGAAAUUCCCGAUGUAAUCUAGAAGCUGAGAGUAAAAAAUUCUUCAUAGAAAUAUUUUUCUUGUCUAACAAUAAAACCAUCAUUUCUUUCAGAAAACGACAAGGAAUAUCGAUUGGGCAAAAAAUUGACAAUGAUGUGUAUUGGAGAAGAAGGAGAUGUUGCUCAAUUCGGCGAUUGGACCAAGAGAAAUCUUCAACUUUAUUCGGUUCGAAAUGGCUAUGAAGUGUCGCCAGCCAGUGCGCAUCAUUUUGUGCGAAGAAGCAUUGCACACGGAUUGAGAUCUUCUGAUCGUUAUACAGUCGAUGUUUUGAUUGGUGGUUAUGAUGAGAAGGAGGAGAAGGCUUUCUUGGGAUCUGUUGAUUAUUUGGGAAAUGGAUUGGCUAAACAGGUAAGUGUUCUUGAAGAGAAAAAUAAAAACCAUGAAAAUUUAGAGACGAAAUACGGUAAAUUUCAGUUAAAAAUCAAAACUUUCAUUUUUUUUAAAUAAAUUUGUUUUUUCUCUCCCUAUCCCUUCAGAAACUCAUUUUUUCGAGCAAACACGUGGCAAUUUGCUCCCAAAGUCAAUUCACAUUUUAAAGAUCAUAUUUUCAGCCAUAUUUGUUCCGCGGUUUCUGUGGUCGUUUCUGCUAUGCAAUCAUGGAUCGAGAAUAUAAGAAAAGUGAGUGUUUUGUUGAAAGUCUCAGCGAAAAAUACAAAGAAUACGCUUAAAUUUUCAUCAAAAAUUACCAAACUUCCACUCUAAAUUCCCCAAAUUUUCUGGCAAAAAAUUAUUCAUUUUUGCAGAUAUGUCGGAAGCCGAAGGGUUAAUCAUGAUGAAAAAAUGCAUCGGAGAGGCAAAACGUCGUUUCGUCGCCAACAUUCCCGGCUACAAAGUUGUUAUCAUUGACAAAAAUGGAUAUCGAAAAUUGGAUGAUGUUCUUUUCUAA